AUGCUGUUCCCCACGCUGGUGACGUGCCUCGCCGGUUGCGCCUUUCUCCUCUCGACGGUCAGCGAGGGCUGCGGACCCGGUCGAGGCUAUGGCAAGAGGCGGCCGCCGAGGAAGCUCGUGCCGCUCGCCUACAAGCAGUUCAGCCCCAACGUGGCGGAGAAGACGUUAGGGGCCAGCGGGAGAUACGAAGGGAAAAUAACCCGGAACUCCGAGCGCUUCAAGGAGCUCACGCCGAACUACAACCCCGACAUCAUCUUCAAGGAUGAGGAGAACACAGGUGCAGACCGCAUGAUGACACAGCGCUGCAAAGACAAGCUGAACUCCCUGGCCAUCUCGGUGAUGAACCUCUGGCCCGGGGUCCGGCUGCGGGUCACCGAGGGCUGGGACGAGGACGGCCACCACUCCGAGGAGUCGCUGCACUACGAGGGCCGGGCGGUGGACAUCACCACCUCGGACCGGGACAGGAACAAGUACGCCAUGCUGGCGAGACUGGCGGUGGAGGCCGGAUUCGACUGGGUCUACUACGAGUCCAAGGCCCACAUCCACUGCAGCGUCAAGUCAGACCACUCGGUAGCGGCCAAGUCCGGAGGCUGUUUCCCCGGCGAGGCGUUGGUGGCGUUGGAGAGCGGCGUCCAGAGGUCCAUCAGCGACCUGCGGCCCGGUGAACGAGUCCUGGCCUCGACGGGCAGCGACGGCAGCGGGGAGCUGGUUUACAGCGAAGUCCUGACCUUCCUGGACCGUGACCCCGUGACCCGGAAACUCUUCUACACCCUGCAGACGGAAUCCGGGACACAACUCUCCCUCACCGCCGCCCACCUCAUAUUUGCAUCCGAGGGGAACUGCUCGGAGGGGGCCGUGCCGGCCGGCGGCGCCCUCAGGACCGUGUACGCCAGCAGCGCCCGGCCGGGACAGUGUGUGCUGGUGUCUGGGGGUAAGCCGGGACAGACGCACAGAGAGGGGCGCCUGUCUCGGAUCACCCGGGUCGGCCUGAGGAAGCGGAGGGGGGCGUUUGCACCGCUGACCCGGCACGGGACGGUGGUGGUGGACGGGGUGGUGGCGUCCUGCUACGCCGUGGUGGACCAGCACUCCCUGGCCCACUGGGCCUUCUCCCCACUGAGGCUAAUGCACAGCUGGACCGGCACCACUGGACGCCACGCUGACGGCAUCCACUGGUACUCUCAGCUUUUACACUGGCUGGGGAGGGUGCUGCUGGACUCAGGACGCCUCCACCCGCUGGGCGUGGCUCAGGACGACAGGUGAGGGAGGAGAAAAGGUAAAACCGAAACACAGAGGAACCUGAACCCUUCCCCUUGUGACGGACGUGGACCUCAGAUACAAGCCUGUAGAGCUGAUCGGGACCAUGAUGAACCACCUAACAGGAUGGGAGACGUUCCGGCUCCUGCUGAGGCCUGAUGGGAGAUUUUUUUUUCAAAUGGAUGAAAAGGGGGGGGGGGGACAAACUGUGAACUGACACGGAUGAAUUCUCCCAAAAUAACACUCAGAGCACUCAGAGUCAGAACGACCUCAAGACAGACUCUGUGUCCUCAAAACACUAUGAAACAAUAAUCCCACCAUCAAUCCUCAAUUUACCCCAGAAAACACACCAAGCACCUUAAUCUAGAUCUACGUGGUCAUUUGUCCAUUAAUUUGAAAAGCGAAACAAAACACAAAAAACACCUUAAUUUCAAAAUCCUGUCAUUCGCAAGUUAUUUACACUCGGAGGGGACGCGUGAUUUUCUCCCUCAUUUACUCACGUAUCAUCAAUCCAAAGUGUUGAUUGGGAUUUUGGUUUAAGUUGGCGGCCAGAGAUGUUUUCAGGGUCAAAUAAAUUACAACUUAAGUGACUCAGGAUGAAUUGAUGGGUAAAUUAAUUCGUUUUUUGAGUUGACUUUGUGGGUUAAGGGGAUUUGUAAUUAAGGGACAGCUUUUGUGUUAUUUGGUCAUCUUUAAGGGGUUCCCACCCCCCGAAGAAGCCCCUAAACUGUGCAGAUAAUCCAUCUAUAAUACCAAAACAUAUUGCAGUUGAUUUUACCCGUAAAACCCCAAUACAUAUACCUUACUUUCAUGAUUGCAAAUGGUUGAGUUAAUGGUUUGAAAACGUAUAAAUGGCUUCAAGUGGUUUUUCUCAGUCAAUGGAGGAGGAUUUAAGGGGUAAAAAUGCCUUAAACAUGCCUGAAUUUUCACCUUUUAAAGAAAUUAAGGCACCUUUAAGGUAUACUGUAAAUUAAAGAGAGGCUUUAAUGUUGUCUUGAUCAACUUUACGGGGUUUUUACC